UGUCAUUGCAGUAAGCACCUGCACAUGUUAUUCUUAUCAAAGAAUCUACUUGUUAAAACAUUUAAGCAACAUAAUAAAUGCUCCACCAACUACAGCGUUUGGGAUUGCUUGUAAGUCGACGGAUUCUGGAAACGCAGUGCUCUGCCCUUCGCAAUUCAACAGGAAGGAUGAGCAGCAAUCAGAGUGUUUGUGGGUUGGACACGGAUAUCGUGUGGAUGGAUCUGGAGAUGAGCGGUUUAGACAUAGAAAGAGACAAAAUCCUGGAGGUGGCCUGCAUUAUCACGGACAAGGACUUGAACUUAAAAUCCGAGGGUCCCUGCUUCGCUAUAAACCAUCCUCAGGAGGUGUACGACAACAUGAACGAGUGGUGCAUGAAGCACCACUACGAAUCUGGGCUGGUAGAUCGCUGCAAGAGCUCGGAUGUGAAGCCCGAACAGGCCUCCGAUAUGGUGCUGUCCUAUCUCGAGAGAAACAUCCCAAAGCGCGUUUGCCCCCUCGCCGGGAACUCUGUCUACAUGGAUCGACUAUUCAUCAGGAGAUUUAUGCCAUCGGUGGAUGAGUAUUUGCAUUACCGCAUCGUGGAUGUGUCCACCAUCAAGGAGUUGGCCAAGCGGUGGCGUCCCGACGUGGAGAAGGCUGCUCCCAAGAAGAUAUUCGCCCAUCGCAGCCUAGAUGACAUUCUCGAGAGCGUCAGCGAGCUCAAGUAUUACAAAGCCAACUUCUUCAAAUAAAUUAUCGCAAGGACUUAAGACUUACGUUAGGAUUGCAAUCUCCUUUUGGUUACAUAGACCAAUCCCAUUAAAGUAAAUUAAUGCAGUUUUAUUCUGUUUUUCUUAGUAAAUUCAGAUGUAUAUAAAAUCAAUUCUGAAAUGCGACAGAAGUGCUAUAUUGACUGCUGGGUACUUCACAAAAUGGUAUAAAUAAAGAACUCGAAAGGUAUCUUUAUGACCACCGGCUCUUAUCUAAUCAUUAUGAGCAUGCAGUUCGCUUUGCUUGACCACUUUUUAUAAAAGCUGCUCACUAUACAGUUGGCAAAAUGAGCACGGAUAUAGUUUGGAUAGAUAUGGACAACUCUGGCUCUGACCCUGAAACGGAUUUAAUACUAAACUUUGCCUGUUUCAUCACGGACAAGGAUGGCAAUAUUAAGUCCGUGGGACCCUAUUUCGCGAUCAACCAUCCGGAAGAGAAAUUCUAUAAAUCGGGAAGUUUUCAAAUGUCGGUCGCUAGAGAACUCGGAGUGUUGGACCGCUGCAGGAACUCGAGUGUCAAGCCUGAGCAGGCCGAGGAUCUGAUGCUAAACUAUCUUAAGAACAAUGUUCCACGAAAGGCCUGUCCUAUAGCCGGCCCAUUCAUCCAUAUUGAUAGAGUCUUUAUCAAAAAGCACAUGCCCUCUGUGGAUGACUAUCUGAACCAUGACUUUGUGCAUCUGAUAGUGCGUUAUUAUCCAACUCCACUUCCGAGGAUGUUGACCGUACACCGUUGCCGGGGACUCGCUCCUGUACCAUAUUAAUGAGUAUAAUUUUUGCACUCUGGCAUUAAAAAAAGAACUUUCCCAACGCUUCACUUGCCAUGAUUCUGUUCUUCAAUGAAAAAUGUUAGUCUGAUUUGAUAUUGGGCUUAUAUUACUGGCAAAUGCAUUUUGUAAAAAAAAUAUAUCGUUUAGUGAAUUGUGCGUAUAUGUACGGAGAAACAGAACUCUAUCAUAAGAAAUAAGAAUACGAUAGCAAUAAAAAAUUCAAUGCUAGUA